CUUUGUAUGGAUGUUUAUGCGAUCAAAUUUCAAUGGCAGUUAACGACACUUAUCACAUGCCAAAACCAUACGUUAUUAAAAAUAAAUUCAUUUUAUUAAAUCAAGAUCGUACGGUGUCUGGAAUGAUAUCAAUUUUUUUAAGACUUUUAUGCGUUGGAAAAUAUAGUACUAUUGAGUUUGCAAUUGAUGAAAAAACAUUGUUAUUUAAAAACCAAAAUUUCCCUGAUGAAUUUCGAUGCAUGAGAGUCCCUAUUUAUGACGAAAUUUUAAUAAAAGCACAAGAAAGAGAAAGAAAAAUUUGUUUUCCUGACGAAAAACUUAAGUCGAAUGAAAUAGAUUUAUUGCCAAAUUUCAUUAUUGACUUAACUCAAAUUUGUACGAUGUUGGCAGAACAAGAUGGACUUCCGAAAGAUCUCUUUUCUAAAUUAAAACCUAAAUUCACUAAUAAAUACGAAGAAAUUAACGAUAAAGGAGAAUAUAAUUCUUGGAUUUCAGAAAAAUUAAUAAUAGAUACUUCUGUUUCUAAUGUACGGAUAAAAUCUCACUUAGGUAAUAGAUCCUGUUAUUCUGUUGGUUGUUCUGGUGGACUUUGUAUUGGUGGAAAAUCAAUAUGGGAAAAUAAAAAAUACCUGUAGAGAAAUGUAAAUAUUAAUAUAUUCAUUAAUUCUUUAUAUUUUUCUAUUAAAAAUAAUAACUGAUUAAUUUUUUUUUAUAUAAAGAGACUCGAACAUAUUGCAUUGAAAUGUAAUUAUUGUAACAUAUUGAACGAAGUAACGCGCGGGCGGAGUAAUACACAAAGGGACACAAAGAGACACGAACGUCUGUACGAAGAUACCCGAAGAGAUACGAAUGUACUGUACAAAAGAGACGUAAUAGACGUGAAAAUACUAUACGAACAAAUACGAAGAAACGUGAAAUUUUGCAUGGAGAGGGAUAUACAAAAUGAAAGCUUAGAUAAUAAUCGACGAAAUGUAUAUAUUCAUCUGAUUUUAAUAAUUAAUAGCUAUCGGUGAUUAUGGGUUUGAAAACUGAUAAAUUCAUACGAAUCAUAGCAGCAUAAUGCGGGUUAUUAUAGGUGAUAACUAAAAAUUGUUAAUGGCGCGCAACAAAUGGUAUUUGAAACCACUUAAAAAUUAUUUCAAAGUAGUUUGGUGUAAUGAAGAAUCGAUAUUCAUUCACAAGUUAUCUUUCUAAACAACUGUAAUUUGGACAAUUACCAAUAAAAGUUUGUUACUAUGCGAUUGAAAAACAGUAAUAAGGUUUUGUAAGAAUGUUUCAUUAAUAUGUAAUAUUCUGUAUAGAACGAAUUAGUUGGCGAUACACAUACAAAUAUAAAUUAGAAAAUAUAAAUAGUUCGUAAGUUUGUAUUCUAUAUAAAAAAUAAUUCUCUCUACGUUAGAAAAUUAUUAAUAGUGAAGCUACGAAAAAAAAAAAAAUAUUUCAUCAGCAGGCAAUUACGGUCGUACCGUUGCGUGCGCACCAUUGAGGUUAUGUCGGGCUCGUGACGUGCGCACAGUAUCCGUACGCGUCUUUUAUCGUUUAAUUACCACUUCGUUUCGUGUUGUUGGGCGUCGAUAAGAAAUUCUUUUUACUAAUCUAGCGACCUUCAAGGAUUCGUGUUAAUAAUCGAUUGGACAUUUGGUAGAUUAAGCAGGAUUUCUAUUUUUUCGCUAAUUCGUAAAUAGAAUAGUUACAUGAGAAGAUCGUCCAUUAUCUUAACGAACACAAAUUACUUAAUACAUUCUGACAAACAAAUUUACUACGUACUUGUAGAACGGAUGACAAGAUAAUUGUACUUGAUUCACAAUAAUCAUGUCUAUACGUCGGAGAACAGAUCCUUUUAUGACUCAACGCAUAUGGGAUGCCAUAAAAAUUACAAUGCAUCAAAGAAGUUUACCUAGCAAUGAUCGCAUGGUACGACAUUUGGCACGUGUUUACGGAAUUACAGAACAACAAGCUCAAGAAGAAUUGAACAAAGCUGUGGAAGAUAAUCUUGUUUUAUUAAAAAAAGUACCAUCAAAGACAGGAAUUGAACAAGAAAGUUACAGAUUACCGAUAGAACCACCAGGAAAUAUCGAUCAUGAUUGGUAUUGUUACAAAUGCCAAAAAGCUGGAUUAGUAGAAUCUUGUCAACAAUGUCACAGAGUAUAUCAUCUCGGUUGUCAUGUACCUACAAAUACAAAAUUAAAAGUUUGUGACUUUUGUGAGAAAAUAAAUACUGACACAUAUCCAGACAAACCUGAUCUCAAUCAUAUACUUAGCUUUACAUGUGGUCAUUUAAAAGCAAAAUUACCAUUAGAAAUUACGAAUCGAACUAUAGUUUUUAAUAAUGAUCCUGUUGUUACACCACCAAGUGGGUUUUCUGGGCCUACUUGGAUAAGCGAAGGUGAAGAUGCAUGGCGUCCUGGUUAUCUUAUAAAAAAUCAUAUGGAUUUGGCAAUUAUGGACUCUAAAACCAACAAAAAUGAAUACAACAAUUUAACGGAAUUUCAAGCAGAUGCACACAAUAUUCUGCAUAAUAUUCUGUUAUAUCAUGGAGCUCACAGUAUAAUCGGGGAAAUGGGCAACACAAUGUAUCAAGAUUGCUGUUAUGAUCUUCAAGAAAUUCGUCGGUGUGCGGACUGUUACCGAAUAUCGAAUGAGAAAUCGGAGAAAAUGUGGUUCUGUAUACCAUGCAACCCACCACAUCAACUUGUUUAUGCUAAACAAAAAGGAUAUCCUUAUUGGCCAGCCAAAGUUAUGCAAAUUAAUGGCAAUGUCUACGAUGUUCGAUUCUUUGGGGGGCAUCACAUGCGGGCUAACAUAGAAAAAGUUUUUAUUCGGCCGAUUAGUGUCAGCUUACAAAGUUUACAGCCUUCGGAAAAGGGAAAGUGGAAAGAAAUGAAGAUAAAGAGAUCAACGGCGUGGAACAGAGCUUUUGAAGAAUUAAAACAUCAUCAACAUUUACUACAAAAGUCGGGCAAGACUAUUGAAGAAAUAGAUGGUAGCAGUGACUAUGAUGGGCCCAAAGCUGCAAAAAUUCGGCAUAUAGAUUCAGCAAGCUUGAAAGAAACUUCUCAUCAAUACAACAGCAAUACAACAAAACAGAUUAUAAAAGACUUAAGAGUUAAAGUUGAACGUCUAAGUACUGAUGGUCAUGCAGAAUUAACAGCAUCCCAAGAGACCAAAGGAAAUAAAUCUCCAAGAAGUAAAGCUGGAAGCGAAGAAAGACAAGUCCCACACUUACCGGUAGCUGAGGAUGAACCUACAAGAGAAAUAUCCAGUACAUGUCCACAAGGUUUAAAGAAGGAGGGAUCUCAAGAAGACAUGGUAACAUCUAGUUCUCAAGAACCAAGAUCUAAAUGCGUUCUCGUGCAAACAGAGCAAAUUCAAACAGAAGUGAUACCAGCAAAGAUAAAAAGGGAACGUAGGACUUCUGAACAACCUAUAACAACGGCGUUAGAAAAAUUACGACGAGAAUUGGAGCUUGACAAAUGCAGAGAAAUGGAAAGACUUCAAGCAGAACAUGCCAAAGAGUUGAGGCAACUAACUGAUAGACAUCAACAGAUUAUAUCUGAAAUUAAAAAGAAACAAUGGUGUUACAACUGCGAAGCUGAAGCAAUAUAUCAUUGCUGUUGGAACACAGCUUAUUGCAGUACUGAUUGUCAACAGGUUCAUUGGCAACGUGAACAUAAAAGAGUUUGUCGUCGUAAACGUUAAUUAAAUAGAAGGCGCAAUAAGCUUUAUAAUGAUUUUACUAUGAAGAUCUAUAAGAAAUAUCAUGUUCGAUUUUUUUUUUUUUUUUUUUUUUUUUUUUUUUUUUUUUUUUUUUUUUUUUUUUUUUUUUUUGAGAAAAGAUAAACCACAGUAAUAUAUAUAUAUAUAUAUAUAUAUAUAUAUAUAUAUAUACUUGACACCAAUCUAUUUUCUCCUUGUAGGCUUCCUUCUUAAAUGGAAGUAUUUUUUAUGCAUAAAUUUAUAUUUUUCGACCAUACUAUUUUGUAUUUAACAAUAUAAGUUAUUAAUUCUUUUAUUCAAUUUGUACAAUUGUUGUUUUUUAUAUGAUACAACAUUUUACAAUUAUUAAUUUCAAAUUAAAAACCUAGCUUAUGUUUUUACAGAAAUUAUCAGUUUUUCAUUAUAAUUGUUUAGAUGAACAGUUUACUCUCUUAUUGUACUUUCAUUUAAGUAUUUGAUUUAAGAAUUAAUUAAUUAUACAGAGAUACAAUUUUAAUUGUUAUUAAUUAUACUUAUAUUCUUCUCUUAAUAAUUCUGAUAUUACAUAACAUUAAAUAAUAAAUAAGUAUAUUUAAUAAGUCACAGGGUUUGUGAAUAAAAACAGUGAUAAUUCAAUUAGUAAAAGAUAGUAUGUGUGCACAAAAGCAAAUUAAAACAUACUAGUCCAAUAUUUUUACUCAUUCCACUGCUUCAUACUUAAAAAUAUACGUAGUUUAGUUUGUAAU